CUAGAGAUAUUUAUUUUUGUCUAUUCCAAUAAAAAUGAGCAGAUCCGGUUGUCAAAAGACCCCACGUUAUGGAAAUGAGAACAGUUGAUGUGCAGUGUGAGUGUUUUUUAAGUUUCUUGACAACAAGUUGCUAAGGCCAGCAGCUUGUUAAAAACCUUUACACGUUUGUUGGCCUGUCAGAAUCACCGUCGCUUUUAAAAUACAUAACACGUCUGUUUACUUGGAGCAAUCAUGUGCAGUAACAAAAAAAGAACGGGUAUUAUCCUCGUCAUAUUCGGGAUUGUGGCUGUAGUAGUUGGAAUUCUGGUCGGUCAAUUUAUUACUCGACGAGUUAAACAGGGGCUCGACGACCAGAUCUGCAUCAACAGCAAAGAUCACACGGGAUACGACUCCUGGGUUUUAGAAAGCACCCUGAGUAAAUAUCGGCGCAAGCGAAAUAAAAACGGAUUCCUGCACAAAGGAGAGACACCACAGUUCGAGGAGCGCGGUCCAUAUGUCUACAAGACGACUACCGAAAAGAUCGACGUGUCGUUUGACGACAAUGGUCACGUGACUUACAAGAAAUAUUCCCAGCAAACAUUUGACGCGGACGCCACUGCGCAAGCGUGCCCACAAUGCAAGGAAAGUGACCAGAUGACCGUGUUGAACCUGGGCUAUCUUGGGGCGGUGGCGCAGGCCGGUGACGACAUGGGCAUCGCCUUGGCUAUGGUCCCACCCAUUGUCGGCGGCUACAUCCUUCAGCUAAACGCUACGCUAGGGAGUGGCACGUACCACUACCUAGGAAGGGUGGAACCGACAAAUACGACCCUUACUCUGGACUUCGGACAUUGGUUAUCCUCGCAGUCACAAUUCGCCAGCCUGAACACAAGUUAUAACAGCACUGAAAUGAUGGGACUCUAUAAUGCACUUACCAAUUCCUCUCUGCUCCUCCCGACCACAGGCGUCCCAUGCAAGGAUAAUCCGAUAUCAAGCGGAUGCGGACUCGUGACCUAUGUGCCGGCGUAUAUGAAAAUACUAAAAGCGAUUGCCACGGCCGCUGGGUCUAACGUCAGCAGUUUGCAGGCUCAGGCGGCAGGAUUAAAGCUGCUGAUUGAUAAGAUUACCUGCCCGGUUGAGAAUAUGAUUUGUUUUAAAGCGAACGAUACUCUGACGAUGACUGCGCUCCUGACUUUCAUCACAAGCCACCUUCCGAUGUUCGUAAUGGCGUAUUUCGACAAUAAUAAUAUAGGCUUGCUAACCACGCGUCCACAGAAAGAGCUGACGCUUGGUUACGUAAUGGAUAAGCUACCGAUGCCGCCACUAUACCCUAAUGGGACCCCUGUGCCGGGCUUUCUCACGCAUCACACCAGCAAGGAGCAGGCCAGGCUGCUCAGCAAGUCUGAAACCUUUCACACAUGCAAGUCAUCUGGUGGGGACCGCUUCACGUGGGCAGGAUACGACGGGAAGACAUCCAUCCCAAGUGAAUACCACCGAAAUCUGAAGGCUUCGGAACGUCCCAUAAGCGGAUACGACCAGACCUUCAAGACCGCUGACUUGAAACCGUGCUCGAGCAACUAUGCUCCCUCCGAGCAGAGCUAUAACGUUUUCCUCGCUCCCCUUUACACACGAGCCACAGUCACGUACAAGGGACCCGUGCAGUCGCAUGGAAUUCAUCUGAAUCGAUACACGCUCUCUUCUGACAACAUGAAGGCCAACAAUAUUUCCAGGCCCUUGGAUGGCGUUUUUGAUAUGUCUUCCUUCUCUGGCCUCCCUAUGUCGACCAGUCUCCCGGGAUUUCUGACCGCAGAACCAAUAUUAUACCAGCAGAUGAACCUCAGUAAACCGACCGAUGAACGCUACCUGAACUUCCUUGACGUCGAACCCGUAAGCGGAAGAGUGUUGAACGCCAAGUUGCGUUUUCAAGUGAACGCCAUCAUUCCCGAUAACGCAAUCAGCGUGACACGCAUACAGCCGCUAAAUAUCAGCGCCAGGGACGACGACCAACCUUACCGGAAGUACGUGCCAAUCAUGUGGACAGAGAGUGGCGGAGAAAUUGGCAAAUCAGACGCAGAGGCGCUUAAAAAACAGCUGUUCGGGGCCCUGGAUACAAGUUGUACGCUGUCCAUCCUUAUUCCGUGUGUAGGCGGUGUCCUGUUCUGCGCAGGCGUAGUCAUGAUCAUCAUUGCAUACAAGAAGUCUCAGACCCAGGUCACUGACAUAGCGUAGCUGAUCUGAGGUCUGGGGCCUAGAAACGAGGUUAGAUUAAAGGGCCUUUGUCGGUCACACCUUUGUCAUUGUUUUAAUUUAAAAUUGGAAGACACAUAGUGAGCUCAAAUCUCGAAAUAAUCAUCUAAAAACAAAGUUUAAUACUUUAUUUACCAUAUCCAAUCGAAAAUAUUGCAUUGGCUUCCCCAAAUCAGUCGUUGUAAAAGGAUAUAGUUUUUUACUCUUGGUACUUUGCUAUGACAACAUGGCGGCUGACAGAGGCUUUUAAGGCAGAGGCAGAGGAGGGAAAGAGAUUCCGGUGGGUGGCCCGAGGGAGAAUGAAAUACUCCAGGGAGAAUGAAUGAAAAUUGUUUUACCCCAGCGAACAAAAAUGUAUUUAAUUCUAAUGUGGAAUUCUUGAGAAUGGACACACUGGUUGUUUACAAUUUAAUCGGAAAUUCCGGAAUGACAUAACAGUUUUUCCUGAAUGCCAUAAUGGUAAGAAACAUUCCUAUAUUCCAGAAUUUCCAAGGUGAAUUUUGUAUUAUUUGCUUCUGUACUCAGAAAUUCUACUUUUCGGGUCUCGGGAAAUAGUGGCCGAUGGGGGCCCCGGUCAAAUAUUCUAUGGAAAACUGCAAAUGAUACGCAAUUUUCCGAAUUUCUGGUCUCCCCGGUGAAAGUUGACUACCUCUCAAGCAAUUCCACAUUUUCCAUUUAGAAAAAUAACCAGAAGUACCGGAAUUUUCGAUUAAAUGGUAGAAAACCACUUUCUAAGAACCAGCUCCUAGAAAUAAGCUCAGUUCGGGUGACCAGAAAAAAGAAAGGUUUGGACAUUAAUGAAAGUUUGAGAGUCUAAAGUUUGAUAAAAUGAUCAGAAAGUGUACAUAUUUAUUGUUUAUUAUUGUCUUUAUUAUACUCUUUAUUAUUUAUCUCUCGGCUAUACAUGUGUAUACAAUUAAUAAAGAAAAGAAAACGCU